AUGGAAGUUCUGCUACUUGAGUGGAAGACAGACAAAUUUGUGCUGAUUGGUGAUGCUUACCCUGUGCCAUACAAUGCAAAAGAAGUGGCAAAGUUGUUGAAAUUCCUUGAUCUAAAAGAGAAGGGAAAGAGAGCUCGUGGUGAAAUUGUGGAAGAAGAAUCAGAUAUAGAAAUGUUUGGAGAUGAAGAAGAGGAGGAUGAAGAUAAGGAAGAUGAAGAUAAAUCUGAUGACAAAGAUUUAGCUGUUCAAGAAAAGGUGGAUGAGUUGAUGAACAACGAAAUCAAUGAACAGGAGGAUGAAGAUCAGAAUGAAGCAUCAUCAUCUGGAAAGCAACCUGUUGAUCAGGUACUUCUCUCAAAUCCUACCAUAUUUUAUUUAAAUGUUCAACAACAAGGAGAGGUAGAGAUUACAAGAACAAGGGCUGAAAUGCUUGAGGAAUUGGGGUUAGAAGAUGGAAAGUUUAAGUUCAACAUUGAAGAUGAAAUACCCCAGUCCCCUGCAAAAGAUUUUGAGCCUAGAUACCCCCAUGAAGCUGAUCAUUAUGACGAUGUAAUUGUUGAAAGUGCUUCAGAUUCGGAGGAAGAUAGAUAUGAUUUUCACUAUGAAGGGGAAGAUGCGGCAUUUCCGUUGCUUGCAGAGCUGUUUAAAGAUAAAAAUGAAGAUGAGAUCAGGAGAAAGAUUGUAGAAAAGAUUUCUACUGAAGAUAUUCCUGAACCAGUUCCAAGAGAGAUUCCUGCAGAAGAAAGAAAGAAAUGGUUCUAG